AUGGAUAGCCUCAUUUUGCUUCUGGUUCAGACUGGAAAUCCAUGCGAAAUUCUGCCAGAUGCUAUGUAUGUUCUUUUCAGUCUGUCGUUGAUCGUUGUUAUGUUGUCUUUGAUGUACGGACACCAUACUUUUUUCUUUGGACAGGUGACUUUGAAGGGUCUUGUAAAUCUGUGAGUGAAUUGGGGAAAUUGGAAGUCGCGACUUUAGCUCUGUGUCGGCUGAAAAUUCGCCUACCCUUCAAUCGGCGACCGCGUCUCAACCACUUGCAAAUAUCAACAUCAACAACAUCAUUUGACAUUGGCCACCCACAAAAAGAGUUAUCAACCUGUGCGGUAGUUGCAGGUAGCUGGCAGUUUAUUUGUCGCGAUAGCACUCUGCGGUAGGUAGAAGCCAUUUCUCAUUCUACUUGCACAGUCUCGAACUGUGAAAGCUUCAGUUCUGUCGCCACAGAUCGAUUGACCGACAGAACACAUCAAUCGAUAUCCCCGACAAAGUCUUUCCUAUACCACACGAGUUCGUUGACAACAUGCCACGUAAGUACGAUUAGUUAUCAUCCUUCAAUCCUCGUCAGACCAUAGCUACGAAUGUUCCUGAGAAUUUUACCAAAUUAACCUUUCCCGCAGCCGUCAGAAAUCACCGUCUAUCCGCUAUUUACCACUCGGAAUGUGCGCGUCUGCCAAAGGUAGCGUUUCCCUUCGUACUUCAGCAUCUCAUAUUGUCAACCACGCAGAAACUUUUAGAGGAGGUCAUAUUCUUUUUUGUGAAGGCAUGGUAUCCAACCCUCUUGGAGGACAACGGUUGGGACACCCCCGAGGCAUGCGAGCUGAGUUUGUGGUGGCAUAACUUGAAGGUACCAUACUUGAGACAGAUCCCACCCUGCGCGACGCUUUUCAAUGGUGGGUUGGUGAUCGAGACCACUCUCCUGCGAUUGGCACAUUUGCGCCAUGCGUCGGUUCACAGACACGUUUGCAGCAUAGCAAUCAUCGAGGCCAUGAUGAAAGAUGCAGUGGUGCUAGCGAAUGGUCUCAACGACUUUACGAGAAGGAACAAGUUGCGAUGUAUUGAGCUGGCUGUUCAUACUCGGGACCAUGGUAGCAUACGGGGAAUCAUUCACUUGUCUCUUGACUCGUUCAAGAACUUUGAAUAUCCUGGGCGUGUUCCUGGUGCAACCUUUGGUUCCCCUCGUAAAGAGUUGCCACUAGAUCCCGCAGCGCCACUAGCACCAGCACUGCUAGCAGACAAGUACCGUGGUAGAAAAUACGGCUUCCUUCCCUUGGGUGAUGAGAAUGGUCAAUAUAGGAGAAGCCCCUCUCCGCCAGUCUUUCGCCCCUCUGUUUACCCCUCUGGCAACACUCGUUCCCAGGCUAGGCUGAGGGACAGGGACAGGAAUGAGCCAUACCCCACGGGCGGAAGACGUCGAGGGCUUGUUGAAAGAGCUGCUAAAAGAUUUAAGUCUGUUAGCAGUCUUAGGACUGAAAUGCACGGCGAUAUGGGUAAAAGCGAUCAUAGCCCCUUUGAAAUCACUGCAGAUUCAGAUGAGGGAUUGGCAAAGGCGCACGCGAAGAGUCUCAAGGUUGCUGCUGAUGUUGGUAAGAGCAAGGAAACCCCUUUUAACCUUACAGUUGAUUCGGACGACGAAUUGAACAAAGCACAAUCAAGGAAUCACAAGGUUGGUGGCGAUAAUUCUUCUCAUGGAAGCAGACCACUCCAAUUCCUUGGCAAUGUUUUUGUUGAUGUUCCAGGCGAUGCGAGUGGAAGCAGGGAUAACCCCUUUGACCUUACGGCAGAUAUGGACGAACAAUUGGAAAGACCACAUUCAAAGAGUUUCGAGGUUGCUGGUAAUAGUGUCUCUACCGGACAACGUGGAAAGUUGUGUUUGACCACUUUUGAGGACUUCAAGAAAAGUGUCUUUUUACCAAGUGAAAAUCCACAAUCUCGGCAAACAUCUUUCACAAUUUCUAGUAUUUCCAGCUCCAAACAGGGGGUCUUUUUACAAGACGAAGUCCAACCAACCCGAUACAUGCACCCAACAAGUUUUGAAGCCCCUCGUCAAGAUGCUCCUUCUAACUUCAUGGCUCCACAAAAUGGAAAUUUGCUUUUAGCACAUUCAACAAGCUCAGCUACCGAACUGCCACCCAAUUCCAGUCAUCCUCCCACACCGAUCGAGACUCGUGAAGCGUUGAUAACUCCACGAUUGACACAAGAGCAGACUGCCUAUCAACGAGCCCUCUGCAUUGCCCCGUCAACCAGUAUACCGAAUGUAGGAGAUCAUCGCCAUCCAACGCCAACACCAAGCCCAGUCCUCCAACCGCAAGCAUCUACUUCCCUACCGCAGACUGCUCCCAUUAAUCACCAACCCAUCUCCUUCCCUUUCCCAUCCCAAAAACCUGCGCUUGUGGCCAACACUGUCUGGUCGACAUAUCGAGAACAAGAGAGUAGCCCAGAUGGGAUGGACGACUGA